UCCUGCCCCGACCGCCCGGGGUAGCGGGCCGCCAGGAUGCAGGCCCCGCAGAGAGAACACUUGUACAAGCUGCUCGUGAUCGGAGACCUGGGUGUAGGCAAGACCAGCAUCAUCAAGCGCUAUGUGCACCAAAACUUCUCCUCGCACUACCGGGCCACCAUCGGUGUGGACUUCGCGCUCAAGGUGCUGCACUGGGACGCGGAGACGGUGGUGCGCCUGCAGCUCUGGGACAUCGCAGGUCAAGAAAGAUUUGGAAACAUGACUCGGGUCUAUUAUCGAGAAGCUAUGGGUGCAUUUAUUGUCUUCGAUGUAACCAGGCCAGCUACAUUUGAAGCAGUUACAAAGUGGAAAAAUGAUUUGGACUCAAAAUUAAGUCUCCCUAAUGGCAAACCAGUUUCAGUGGUUUUGUUGGCCAACAAAUGUGACCAGGGGAAGGAUAUGCUCAUGAACAACGGCCUGAAGAUGGACCAGUUCUGCAGAGAACAUGGUUUCGUAGGAUGGUUUGAAACAUCAGCAAAGGAAAAUAUAAACAUCGAUGAAGCCUCCAGAUGCCUGGUGAAACAUAUACUUGCAAGCGAGUGUGACCUAAUGGAGUCCAUUGAGCCAGAUGUUGUGAAGCCCCAUCUUACAUCACCCAAGGUUGUCAGCUGCUCUGGUUGUACCAAGUCCUAGUGGGAUUCUCUGCUGGAAGAUUCGGGAAAUCAUCUCAUAACCUCUUAAAGUAUCCUCAAUUUUUACCAUUGUGGGUAAAUGUCAAGAUAGGGAUACACAUGUGACAAGACGAUGAUUUAAACCUGUGUCUUUCCUUUUAGAGAGAGAGAUAGCAGUUGAGGCCUCAGGUCUUAGAGAAAGGGCGAUGGUACCGACUUGCUGUCAAGUUAAGCAUAGGCAUUCACUUUGCCCUUGGGGUCUUUGUCCAGAUUCCUAUAUAUUCUCUGCUGGUUUGAAAGACCUACUAAGUAGACUCAAUAUUUUCUCCAGUGAUGACCUCCAUUCACUACAGACCUGAGAGCUAUCUCAAUUUAGCUCUCAGAGUCACAUACACAGGCUUGCUGGGCUUUGUUGCUGUUACUGUCAGUUUAGCUGAAAACUGUAUGAAAAGAUAUGCCGUUUAUCUGUGCCUUUUUGUUAACAUUCUCAGAUUCAAGUUGUGGAGCUCUUAUGUAUGUGUGAUAUAUAUUAUAUAUAUUUUCACAAAUGAAAAGUAAAACA